AUGCCAGUGCUGGACGGUCUCGAUGAGUCACCUGUACUGCUGGCGUGUGAAGUGAAACUGACAUGCAAAAGUAAUAUAAUAGUCUAAUUUUGUUCUGAAAAGUUACGCCAUAUUCAUGUAAAUGUUUUCAGUUUUUAGUUACCCACUCGCAACUUGCUAUAUUCAUUGCCCAUCAAUAGAUAUUAUUGAAAUACUAGCCUGGAAUUCAGACCUGUUUUGUGCUAACAUUCAACUCUUUGCCACUCUGUCAUUUUGAAAGUCUGACUGGUUUUCUCUGUGGUUGUUUCAGGGAAGUCGUGUGGCUCCCCAGGAGAAGGGAAGAACGGCCAUUUUGAUCUCUCUGAGGGGAUCUUGUUUGGUGACAAGGUUGUUGCUACCUGUAACACUGGGUCAGUGAUUUCCAAAUAGGCCUUCAUCAAACUUACACUCCCUAAAAGUUAAACAAAACGUGUUUGUUGUCCUAAAACCAAAGCUCCAAAUACUGUCUCAUAUUGUCUAAUCUUUCUCUUUUUCAGCUAUAUGCUUGUGGGCAGCGAUGUAAGGACCUGUAUGGACGGAGGCUGGGAUGGCAGAGUUCCUUUAUGUGAAGGUUAGUCAUCUGAAGGAGCAUGUCAAGUGAAAAUAACAAUAACUUUAACAGUUCUGUGCUUGUGCCUAAAUCAAAACUCUUCAUAACUGAUCAUAACUGCUGUUGUGUUCUAAUCUGCAGUGGUGAAGUGUGGAAAGCCCCCCACCAUUGUCAACGGUGGGCCUGUUGUCCAACCUGAAGAGAUGUAUAACUAUGGAGAUGUUGUGCAAUAUGGCUGUGAGAAGGAUUACACUCUGGUUGGAACUAAAUCCAUAACCUGCUCUGAGAAUGGAGAAUUCCAUUCUGUAUGGUUGUUAACAAAAUAUAGAACUGCUCACAUGAACUGCUUACAACAGGGGUGUCAAAGUCAAUCCAUGGAGGGCCUAGAGUCUGCUGGUUUUUGUUUUUUCCUUUCAAUUAAGACCUAGACAACCAGGUGAGAGGAGUUCCUUACUAAUUAGUGAUCUUAAUUCAUCAAUCAAGUACAAGGGCGGAGCGAAAACCCGCAGACAUUCGGCCCUCCAGUGAAUGAGUUUGACACGUGGCUUACACUGAUCAAAUCUAUAUGGGCUCCACUUUUUUCCUCCACCACACAAUCGUGAGCAUGUUCCAGAUGACCUCCUCUGAAAGAUAAAUGUGUAAAUAUCACAGUAUCUAGCCUAAUAAAAUAGAACAUAAGCACAGAUGUGCAUGAAACAGGCUAAGCAAGCAGUCUAAAACAUGGAUAAUGUGUAGGCCUAUUCUGAAAACCAUGAUGCAACAUUGAGCUCAGAGGAAGUGGGUUACAAUAGAAUCUACCCUAUUUAUUUGAUAUAUAUUGAUUAGUUGCAGGAUUCAUAAAGGGGUGGUUAUAACAACAUUGUGUGUAUUGCUUCAAGUAGUCUAAAACCAAUAAAUAAUAUACUUGGGUCACAUUGUUCACCUCAAAACAGUACCUAAUGACAUCUCUCUUUGUUUAUGUCUGCAGUGGUCUCAUGUCUUCCUCCUGUUGUUGAGAAUGGCGUUUCGGAUUGAAGGCCGUCCCCCCUAUACGUACAAGUCUUUU